AUGGCCAGGUCUUUGAAGUCUUUAGGUCGAGCCGCCGUUGCUGCACUUAGUCUUGUCAGCUUUAUUCCAAUCACCGCCAACGCCACGGCAGCUGAGUCCCAGAAGCCAAGAAGCCUAUUGGUGCCUUCGGUCCCCAGCCCUAUUGCUCAGUCUAAUAACUACAUCGUGAAUGUUCGCACAGACAAUGACACGCAAUGGCAACCAGUCGAGCUCUACUGGACCCGGGUCAUGGUGGCCAAUGUGACGACUGGUGCAGCAAUAUAUCACAACUCAAGCGUGGGAACAUUCGACUUUGACGGUAUCGUCAACAUCAGUAUUGAACCCAGCCGGGACACUUUCCCCUCUGUCGACUCCGUUAGAAUCCGCCCGUUGUCUUAUAACAUUCCGUGGAAGCUCGACGGGCGCACCAUUUUGCUUACAAUUUCGAAGCCUACGAACUUGGUUGUGGAAGUUAACGGUGAUGUCUUCCAAGUCCUCCACCUUUUCCUUAACAAGAUGGACACUGGCGCUCCUCAUCAUGAGAAAAACAAAACCGUCACCUCGUUUAGCCCCGGUUACCAUAAACUCAACGAGACAUACAAAAUAUCAUCCGGAGAGACUGUGUAUCUCGCUCCCGGCGCCGUCAUCCAGGGAUCGUUCGUAUUCCUCCACGCCGAGGAGGCUCGUCUAAUAGGACAUGGUAUUAUCUACGGGAGCACCCUUAAUGCCGUGAAUGUGAGUUUUUCCAACAACAUCGUCGUCGACGGCCCCACCGUUCUCAGCCCCCUCCACGCAUCCGUUGGUGUCGGCUCUAGCCGUAAUGUUUUGGUCCGCAACCUCCGGGUCAUCAGCUCCGGCCAGUGGGGCGAUGGCAUCGACACAUGGUGCAGCCACAACAUCAUUUACGAGAAGCUAUUCAUGCGAACUGCGGAUGAUUGUUUGGCUUUCUAUCUGUCGUCGUCAGGCUACAGUGGCAAUAGCCAGAAUAUCACCGUUCGGGACUCGGCCGUGUGGGCAGAUGUGGCACAUCCCCUCAAUGUUGGCGGCUUUGGAGGAAACGAGACCAUGUCUGACGUGACGUUCGACAACAUCGACAUUCUCGACCAGCACGAGCCGCAAAUCUACUAUCAAGGCUGUAUGGCCAUGAGUACUAGCAACGGCAAUAUUGUGAAAAACGUGCUCUUUAGCAAUAUUAAUGUCGAAAGUUUCCGCCUAGGUAUGCUGUUCAGCUUUAAAGUGGCAUACAAUCCCAAGUAUGACUCUUAUGCUGGUGGAACUUUGUCUAACAUUACGGUGCGAAAUGUUGAAUACAACGGCUCGGACAGCAAUCUGUCUAUCUUGUCAGGUUUUGACAAGGAUUCACAAAUUGAAUUUGUCAGCUUCGAAGGAUUGAAGGUUAAUGGCAAGCUUAUUUGGUCAGGAAUGGAAAAGGCACCAUGCUACUAA